CCCGCCCGCCUUGGCCUCCUCCUCUUCUUCCAAGGCCUCCUCGUGUUGCUGCUGGUUUGGUUUGGCUGGUUGCCACUGCUUCUCUGCCUCCAGGCCUCUCGAUUCUUGACACCGCGCGCAAUGACGAAGCACGCCGCCUUCGCCGCCGAGGACGUCGCGGCGGCCGCGCAGCCCGGGCGACGGUUCACGUCGUACCCGCCGGCGAGCUGCAGAACGGCCGCGGCGCAGGGCAUGGUGGACCCCAGCACCGCGGCGGGCGUGGUCGCCAGGGCGGGAUCCUGGCUGGGCGCCGUGCCGCGCCGCGCCGAGGCCGAGCACGACGACUGGAUGGAGAAGCACCCAUCGGCAUUGGCCGCGUUCGAGUCGGUGCUUGCCGCGGCGAAGGGGAAGCAGGUGGUGAUGUUCCUCGACUACGACGGCACCCUGUCGCCCAUCGUCAAGGACCCCGACAGCGCCGUCAUGACCGACGAGAUGCGCGACGCGGUGCGAGGCGUGGCGGAACAUUUCCCGACGGCGAUCGUGAGCGGGAGGUGCAGAGACAAGGUGUUCAACUUCGUGAAGCUGGCGGAGCUGUACUACGCCGGGAGCCACGGCAUGGACAUCAAGGGGCCCACGGCGCAGUCCAAGCACGCCAAGGCAAAGGCCGAAGCUGUUCUGUGCCAACCGGCGAGCGAGUUCCUGCCGGUCAUCGACGAGGUGUGCCGCGCGCUGACGGCCACGACGGCGGCGAUCCCCGGCGCGAGGGUGGAGAACAACAAGUUCUGCCUCUCCGUCCACUUCCGCUGCGUCCAGGAGGAGAAAUGGCGUGCUUUGGAGGAGCAGGUGCGGUCGGUGCUCAAGGAGUACCCGGACCUCCGGCUCACCAAGGGCAGGAAGGUCCUGGAGAUCCGCCCCUCCAUCAAGUGGGACAAGGGCAACGCACUCCAGUUCUUGCUGGAGGCUCUCGGUUUUGCGGACAGUAAAAAUGUUUUCCCGAUCUAUAUUGGAGACGAUCGCACUGAUGAGGACGCUUUCAAGGUGCUGCGCAACAUGGGACAAGGGGUCGGAAUCCUCGUGUCCAAGAUCCCAAAGGAGACCAGUGCAUCCUACUCCCUGCGCGAACCUUCCGAGGUGAAGGAGUUCCUGCACAAGCUGGUAAAGUCCAAGCAGCGGGACUAAUGAUGUGAAAGAUCAAGCAGUUGAGAUCCAAGCACAGACCGUCCCAACGGACGAGAAGCGAUGACAAUCUCACGUUUGAUUCGGUCGUCCAUGGCCGCGGUGACUCAGAUUAACUGAUGACCAGACGUUAACUGGAUUCAGAAAAACACCCGGAUUUAACUAUUGCAAUCGCGAGGAAAGUUUUUUUUUUAUAAUUUUUUGAGAGGAGGAGAAUAGAUAAACCCUAGGUAGAGGAAGGAAGGAGGGCCAUGGCAAGAGCAGCUCCGCCGCCGGCGCCGGGACGCAGGAGGGCGACGGCGCCGACGGGAGAUCGGUGGCAAGUGGGCUGCGUGGUGACUUCUGGCAUUCUAGGUGGGCUGGGUCGCCUCCUGGUCGUCGGGUGUGUGUGUGUAUCGGGCCUUCGAGUGCGGGAGCGGACGUUUUGGGCCCCAACAUGGGCGAGCGCUGUUUUCGGUUUUAGCCCAUUACACUCCUGUUGUCUGUUUAAUUUUUUCCCCCUUUCUAUAAUCUAUCUGCUGUAACUGGGAAACGAUUACCACAGCUAACUGCAAGGGGUAAAACCAAUUUAUGUUAAGGCCCCGUUUGGUAUAAAUGAAUUGGAAUCUA